GAUUGCUUUCCCACGACCUUAUAAGGGCUCUUCCCAUGAUCCUUUUCCCUUUUUUCGCCAUCUUUUCUUCUCGCCGGCACUAGCAGCAAUGAAGGUCGAGCUAUGCAGUUUCAGCGGGUACAAGAUCUACCCAGGACACGGGAGGCGCUACGCCAGGACCGACGGGAAGGUUUUCCAAUUUCUUAAUGCAAAAUGUGAGUCGGCAUUCCUUUCCAAGAGGAAUCCUCGUCAGAUCAACUGGACUGUCCUCUACAGAAGAAAGCACAAAAAAGGACAGUCGGAAGAAAUUCAAAAGAAAAGAACCCGCCGUGCAGUCAAAUUCCAGAGGGCCAUAACUGGUGCAUCUCUUGCUGAUAUAAUGGCCAAGAGGAAUCAGAAACCUGAAGUUAGGAAGGCUCAACGAGAACAAGCUAUCAGGGCUGCCAAGGAAGCAAAAAAGGCUAAGCAAGCAUCUAAAAAGACAGCAAUGGCUGCUGCAAAGGCUCCCACAAAGGCAGCACCUAAGCAAAAGAUUGUGAAGCCUGUGAAGGUUUCUGCUCCCCGUGUUGGUGGAAAACGCUAAGUUGGCAGCUUGGAUUUUUAAAUAAAGAUCUGACUAUAACUAGAUUGUGGUGGAAUUUUUACUCCUAAAUUAGGCAUGUUCAGCCUACACAGUAAUAGCUAAACUACACAGUUAGGAAUUUAAGAGCUAGGUGGAUUUUUUUGUUUUUUUAUUUUAAUAAAUUAUCUAUUUAUGGCUUCA